AUGUCAAAGCAUAUGUCCCUUUUGGCCGAUCUGAAAACGAUGGUAGAAGCGAAGAAAGUCGCCGGAAACAACGUGAUCGUUUUGGAUAAAUACAACGAUAAAAUACAG